CAGCUGUCACUCAGCCCGGUGUGGUUCUGAUCCAGCAGCCUAUCACCGGUGUGUGUGCGCGUGCCACACUGCGGCUGGCUCGCGCUCUCUCUGACAAUGACUUGAAUGCUGAUUAAUGUCGAGGCCAACAAAAGGAGACGAGGAAAGGAGGAGAUGAACCGUUUCCUGGGAGCUGAGGAGAAUGGAGGGCUGCUGACGGACUGCAGGGAGCUGUCACCCAACCACACCGCCUCCUCCUCUUCCUCCUCCUCUUCCCCAACCUCCAUCACCUCCUCCUCAUCAUCCUCCAGCCGCGAUCGCUUAGCCGACAGACACGCGGCCCUGUCCUCGCUCCAGACCCGGGGACCUGGCGGCGGCGGCGGGUCGGAGCAGAGGAGAUCCGCGCUGAAACGCGGCAGAGCCGGGAAGGAGGUCCGAGAGGAACCGGAGGGGCGGGCGGCCACCGCCGCCGUGAGGGCCGGCAGGGAGGUGUGUUUGGGGGCCGGAAAGCAGCAGCAGGCUCAAGGACGCAGCGUCGGAGGAGGAGAAGGUCUGGAGAUGAUUUCUGCAACCAACAGCAGCAUCCCUGACGCGGCCGCGGCCUCUCCGUCUGCUCCGGGCGCCAAAGGCAAGGAGGAGAGGAAGGGGAAGAAUGUGAUCCGGGGCUGGAAGAGGGAGAGAGACAGGGAGAGGGACGCCGCCGCUCCUCCUGCCCGGACCAGGAAGGAGAAGCCCGGCGAUGGCUCGUCUCCUCCUCCCUCCGUCUUCCUCUCGUCGUCCGUCCUGCCGGAGCAUCAUCUGUGCCGCGACGGGCCCGGACUGUGCCGCUGCGCCGCGCCGGAGUCCCGGAUAACCGGAGACAACGCCGGUGCUAAUAACGUCAACAACAACAAAACGGCGCUGGAUGGUGGCGCUAAAAGCGGCGCUAUUGUUGUCAGGCGGCAGCAUGACGACACACCGGCCGCAAAGAAACACAGAGGAGCCGAGAAGGUGGAUCCAAUGUUCACUGUACCAGCUCCCCCAGCUCCAGGCCACCCAGGAGCCCCUGGAUCCUCCCUGCCCUCCGUCCCCUCCUUCUCCCCUCCAGCACUGCCCACCUCCAACCCAAAGCAGCUGCCGGUGAGAACGAGGUCCAUUGGCACCAACACGCAGGACGGAGGCGUCUCAGGGGCUCCGGAGGGGGACUCAGCCUGCCUGGGGCCCUGCCAGCCCGGGACCAGCGUCAACUUGGAGGGCAUUGUCUGGCAUGAGACGGAGGAAGGUGUGUUGGUGGUGAAUGUGACCUGGAGGAAGAGAACCUACGUGGGAACCCUGUUGGACUGCACCAAACACGACUGGGCUCCUCCGAGGUUUUGUGAGUCUCCCUGCAGCGAUCCCGAAUUACCAGGUGGUCGUGGGCGUGGGAAACGGAUGCGGAUGGCCAUGGCUGAGCGGACCUGUGUAGAGCCAGUCCCCCCUACCAAAGUCAAAGGUCUCUCCCACCACAGGAGCCGUGGCGGUGGCGUGGCUGGAACAGCCACAUCCAUCCACAACAAAGGAAGGAGGGGCAGCCUAAACCUCAUCAACAGCAACUGCAGAGCGCCUCCGUCUUUCUUCACGGUGGAGGAGGUGAAACCUGCGAACAGCGCCUCCUCGCCCUCCUCAGGAAAGCGAAAGAACAAGCUGCCAGCUGACCUGGACCUCAGUCUGGUCUCCUCAGAUGAAAUUAAAAACGGCAAUGGGAAGAGGAUUCGAGCAAAGUCCCGAAGCGCCCCGUCUACGCCGCAGGGCAAAUCUGACCCCUCAUUCAUGGAUCCAGGGGGAGGUUGUGCUUCUUCGCCACCUCCUCCACCCAUCCUCAUUGACUGCCCACACCCAAACUGCACUAAACGCUACAAGCACAUCAACGGCCUGCGGUACCACCAGACACAUGCACACCUGGAGGCUGAGGAGCAGAGGAAGCCAGAGCUGGAACCCUUGAAGGAUGGAGAGAGUGAGGAGCGACUAUCAGACUGUGAGGACGCCAUCAGCAACUUGACCUAUGACCUCCCUGAGACCAGCAGCAGCACUAAUGCCAGCAACCCCUCCAAGAAACCUGCACCUCUCUACAAGGUGACCACAGUGGGAUCUCCUAAGAACAGACGACUACUCCUCAGCACUGACCACAGCCCUACAGCCAGCUCCAAAACCAGAAGGACCUCACAUUUAAAAGAUGGGCUGAUCGAUGACCUUACCAAUCUGCCCAUCAUCUCCAACAUGACUGUGGUCCUGGAGAACUGCAUGGUCCCAGACAGGAGCUCCUCAGUGGAGAUGCCCAAACUGGAAGCAGAGGGACUGAUUGAAAAGAAAGUAAGCAUGUGUGAUAAGAGCAAAAAGGCCAACGGGAAAGUAGAGAAGCUCUCAAAGUCGAGGACCAAUCGGCUAAUCGCUCCAGCCCCUGCUCCACCCAAACUCAUCGCCAUACCCAACACGACAUAUCCAACCAGCACAGCAGAUAUCGUCACCUCACAGCAGCCAUCUCCGAUGGCCGCCGUCGGCCUCACUAGUAAAAACCUUUCCCUGAAACCAAUCAAACCAAAGCUGAGCAUUGUCAUGGAGCCAAGUCUUGCCAAAGCCACCAUGGUCACCUGCAGCAAAGAGACCCGCAAAAAAGAAAAACGGAGGCUGAAGGACAAACAUAACAAGGACCUGCCGACCAGGACGACUAAUGGCGACAGCAGUGGAAUCAAAAUGGAAGAUGGUGGUAGUGUUUCUAAAAUCAGUGCAAAGGAGAUAUCGGGAAGCCUUCUGAAAGAGCACCUCAGUAAGCAGGAUGUGAUGAACGGAAUCACGGAGAGCCAGGAGAGUCGGAUGGCUAGUAUCCGAGCUGAGGCCGACAAGGUUUACACAUUCACAGACAAUGCACCCAGUCCCUCCAUCGGCAGUUCAUCAAGACUUGAUGCAAGUGGUGGUUGCCUGGCAACAGCAGACAGCACCAGCAAGAACAACAGCCCCGCCUACUCGGACAUCUCAGAUGCUGGGGACGACGGGGCGUCUUCAGAAUGUCGAUCCAAGUCGGGCUCCUCGGCUUCUUCUGAGGUGAGCUCCAAUAGUAACCAUGGUACCUCUGGUAAACCUCCUCCCACAGUUUCUACCCAGUCCUCAAAAGAGCCCCAGUCCCCUUUCUACCACGGCUACGAGCCCUACUACCUGCAAGGCUACAUGCAGUCCGAGAGGCAGAACAGCAGCAUUGCUUUUCACAAAAGCUCAGCCCAUGACUGCAAAGGGAAAGACAGAAAAGACGAGAUGAAAGAGGACGACAAAAACUCCCAUGAGUUCUCAGAGUCUAAGAAAGGCGAGGGACCGCCUCAGUCUCAGCUCCAGCUGGCGAUGAGUCAGACCCAGACAGCAUUGGCUCAGUCCUUGUAUUAUGGUCAGUACUCCAGAGGACUGUACAUGGACCAGAAACUGUUACUGGCCUCUAAAUGCUGUGACCAGACACCCACUGCCAAGCAAAGGGGACAGGGGGUGAGAGACAGUGAGGAUGUCAAACAUAUGGUUGGGGGUUCAGCCAUUGGAACCAUGCUAGGUAAAGGUCCAGACGGUGCUAAAGGUUGCUGUCCCAAACCAGUUCUGUCCUAUGUGGAGAUGAGUGAGAGAGGAGAAAGGGGACAGAGCAUAGGCGUAAAGACGGUGCACGGUGGCAUGGUGGACCAGCACCAGGUCUCAAUGAAAGACUGUGAUGACAUCAAGUCACCCUCCUCUUCCUCUUCUUCAUCACUCCACAACCUAAACAGUCAGACAGAUCUGGACUCAAAUGUUUCCUUUUCCAGUCCCUCAGACGGUCCUGCCUGGGCUCACUGCCUCGCUCACGGCAAAUACUCAGAGCUACACGGGGAGGACACCGGGGAGGGCGAAGCAGACAGUGGAAAAGAGUGGGGAGCUACCGCGGAGCCUACCGAGGCCAGGAUGACCUCAGGAGGAAUGGGCGUGGAUUCUAAAAAAGCUAGAGUUCAUGGAUGCCAUGAUCUCCCACUCUCCAUCGACAUGGAGGAUUCAGACAGGCUGGAGGGGGUGGAGGAUCAGGGUCAGGAGCCAGCGGGAGGGCUGUCAGAGGAGUCCCACAGCGCACGUGCAGCAGUUUCCCCUCCGAUGACCCCCCAUCAGCCCUAUAUCCAUUACCAGCACUCCUCCUAUCCCCCAUACUUAGCCAUGUGUGAGGGCAGUGGGGGCUCCUACCGAGGGGUGUCCCCAACCCUGGUCCACAGUUACCCAGGUUUCCACUAUCCCUUGUACGGUAAAACGGCGGGCAGGGAGGAGUCAGAGGUGACUCCGCCCAGCAGAGGCGGAGCUGUGAGCAGUAAGCAGCUCAGCGAGUCGUCCUCGUCCUCCACCGUGGAGCUGCUGCAGCAGCCGAGCCAUCAGGUCCGUGGAAAGUCUCCUGAUCCUUGUGAAAAGGGUUCUCCUGAGCCGGACAGAGAGACGGAACGGGACAGGAACCACGUCUCAUUUGCCCGACAUCACCACACACACCAUCACACACACCUGGGCAUGAGCUACAACCUGAUGUCAGGACAGUACGACAUCUACCAAGGGUUGAGCUCCCGGUCUCUGGUCUCCAAUCAGCAGGUGUCAGGACAUUCCUCAACUGACAGUGAGGGCAAGAAGUAGGACCAUGUGACCACAUCUCACAUGAGGAGCGGCAGAUUUAUCAGACAUCAAUUCCUUGGUGGUGAAUAAGCUUCGCCUCGCUGAGAGGCAAGAGAACAAAGAACAAUAUCCUCUUUCAUUUCUUACUGAUUACUAGCAGUUUUCUAACUCAUCCCAGAGGAGCAGAAGAGCCGGCGGAGGGACAGAGCAGGACCAGGACCUUCACGGUGGAAUAACUACCUGUAUAAAUGCAGAGUUCUGUACAUAAAAUAACACAUCUCAUAGCUCUGUGCACUCAGCCUGACUGCAGCUGUGGUGUUCAGCUUUAUAAAACGCACAUCUGUCAUAGUGUAUUAUAAUGAUGAUAGACUGAAUGUACUAUGAUGACUUACACUGACGCUGUAGUGUGGCUCAUCUUUUUAAACUUCUGUUGGAGCAGAAACAGCAUUAGGAAGCUAAAAAGUCUAUAAUUAUCCUUAUUGUUCUCAUCAUGAUUAUUGAAGUGGUCCUCCUCCCUCCAUAGUGCUGACGGUACAUUUGUAUUACUAACCUGUACUGAGAGUAACCAUGUUGAUUGUAAUGUCUUUAUGUGAGAGUAAACCUUCACAUCGACCCACCCAGUGCCACAUAGGGACCCCUGUGGUGUAUAUAACCUGUACAGAUUCAUGGCAGAGCACUAACAUGCUGUAUUGUGCUCUGUCGAUCUCCAUCAGCCAUGCAGGGAAGCAGAGGGCAGAGCAGCGAUAUGUCCUCAGCACAUACAUAACUGUCAUGGUUUAGGUUGGAUAUGUCAGGAAUCCACGUGGAAUUUGGUCAAUUUGGUACCAAAUGACCCCAGACUUGCCAAAUUGUCUCCAUCUUUUGCCCUUCCUCUGCUCCGAUGCGCUCUACAAGCUAACUAGCUCAGUGCAGAGCCGGCAGACUCGGCAUCAUUCGUGAUUCAUGCAGUGAGUUCGGAGUUCGGCUGUUUGCACGGACGUGGUCGCACCAGCCCCCAAACGGCCGGGGUCACAGGGUCCACCAAGGACCUGAAUCUAACCCGAGAAGAUCCCAGAUCGUAGGGUGAAGCCUCCUCAUGCCUGCAAAUUUGUAACAAUUUCUUUUUUACUGUUUUAUAAUUAUUAAUUCAUUUUUUUCAUUUACUUUUUUAUUAUGU